AUGUCCCCACCAAGCGACAAGAGUUCGUCAUCGGCCCUAUUCUCCAGGGCCCAAGAGUUGAGAGACAAAAUUCAGUUUGGGUCAUCUGGUCAAUGUAGCAAGGGCAUCGAGAAAUCCAUUGAACUGCAAAAUAAUUUGAAGAAAGAGGUGGAUGAUUUGCUUGCUAAGUGUGACGAAGACUCAAAAGCGUUGUCUGAAGGUGACAAGAAAAAGUACAAAGAAUCUCUUGAAUCGUUAAAGUCCGCCAGUGCAAAAAAACUCCACUGUCUGAAUGUGCUGUUAUCAGUCGGCACCCUUGAACAGCCGUGCUGGAAUCUUUCGAGUUUGAUUGACACUACUGCGGUGAAGUUGGUUAAGGAUAAGAAGGAAAAUGUUUGCGCUACGUCCGGUUCCCAACUGCCCGGAUUCAUCGGCCAGUUAUCCCAGAACUGUAUUUUUGGACUGACAGACGAAUGGAACACGAUAUCCACUAUGGCUAGAUGUUUACAAGUGCACCUCACCAAUGCCUCUGAGUACCAUCAGUUCUACCACGAAAUUGAAGAAAGUGAAAAAUGGAUGAACAGCGACCUCGAGGAUACAGUUUCAAAUUUUGAAAAUUUGUGCAUCAGCGAUCCAACUGAUGAGACGUUGGGCUACUUUCUCAACGAAUUCCAAGCAGUACACAGGACCCUAUCUCAGUGGAAAUGUAAGUUGGACCGCCUCUUGAAGAUGAGCUCUUCUUUGGUACCGGUUGAUUUGAGAACCAAGCAGAACGCCACUGCUAUCCCUGCAAUUGCCUUGGCUACAUUCUAUCACGAUAACGUGAAAAUGAGAGAAAAGGAAGAUAUAUUGGUGCUGGAAGGCGGUGCUAAUGAUCAGUGGAAGAUUAGCAACGGAAGGGGUGACGAAGGUUACGUACCAGCCCUCUUCGUCUUGGUUCCGGGCCCCGAUAAGAACGCAGUCCAGGCCCUUGAUAAGUUGAGAUUCAUCCUGCUGGCUUACUGGACGAGCAUCUUGAAAAAUUAUGGUGCCAAGUUUAUCAAGUUGCUAUUGAAAAUCUUCAAGGCGCAAUACAACAACGACGAGGACACUCUGAAGAAAUUCUGGUCCCAACACGACGGAUUCGCUACCAUGGAGGAAAGAUUUGGAGUUAUGAGGCUGUUGUUGGAGGGGGAUUCUGACUUGGGGCAGACCGCAGGAGCCACCAAUAGAAAGAUCGACACGUUAAUCAACGGUACUCCAGUGUUCGGCGAUGUUGCCAACAUAUACAAGGAAUUAUCAAAAGAUUGGGAGUUGUAUAAAACUGGUCUUGAUGUGUACAAUUACCCGGAGCUGAUGCUGCUGUUGGAAAAUUGGCAACAGCUGCAAUACAUUCCACUGGAUCAAGUUACACGCUUGUGGCUGACCACCUUGAAAGUUGACGACGUGAAGUUCAGCGAUUCGGAUUAUUCGAUCGACGGAGAGAAGAUUGACGACUCGGUAAAACUGGACGUCGUGAAGUCGACAGCCAGCAGCAGACACGAAGACGAAUUGGACAACCUUCUUCUCAUGUUCGCUACAGAGGCUGGAGCACUGGAACAAACCGUCAAACAAGUUGAGCUGCUGGAACCCGAGGUAAUCGCUUGCACCAAACAACAGACGACCUCAUUGGCUGCUGAUGCCGCUCAACUGAUCAAAAGACCAAAACUGCCGACAUCUGGAUUGGGAGACAAUCAGCGGACGGCAGAUUUCGGCGCGGAGACGACGAAAUACUCGGCGGACACUGAACAAGUGACCUCUGCACACGUCGAAGAACGACAAACGUUCACCAUCAGAUCUGUGGUCAAUCCGGCGAACGGGCAGGAGAUAUCAUUGGAUGAUGCUAUUUAUAAAGGCAUCAUCGUGCCAGCAAGCGGCGUAUACAGAGAUACCAAAAAAGGAGAAGACAUUCCUAUACAGGUGGCAAUGUCGCAGGGACUCAUCAAAGUGACAUUUUCAUCGAGGAAGAUUGAGAAAGAGCAGAAAUCAUCGGUCGGAAUCCUCACCAUCAAAUCUUUAAAGGAGACCACCAGACCUUACUCCAUCCAGCUCGCACGUGACACAUCAGCCGGGAAAGAUUUGAACCUGGCAGAGGCCUUGGAAAAGAAAAUCAUCGACUUGGAACGCAGUACUUUUUUCGAUACGGCUUGCAAGAAGACGAUAAGUUUAAAUGAAGCCAUCAAUAAAAAAUUAUUGGCUGUUCAAUAUCUGGAAGAAGCGAAAGAACCCGAGCAAAUUAUCAAAAGAUACGCCGUUCGUGCGGUUGUUGACCGGAAGAACAAGAAGACAGUGCCAUUCGACGAGGCGGUCCGUCAGGGCCUCAUCGACAAGGACAACGGCUACUUCUACGACAACGUCACCAACGAGAAAAUUUACGUUGGAGAUGCCCUCGUGAAAGGUUUUUUGAAGGCCAAGCAGGUCACUGAAUCAGAAGCCAUGGAUCUUAACAUCGAUCCGACCAACCAAAUUUUGGUGGAUCGCACCAAAAUCAUCAAGAAGAGACUGCUACAGCCGCUGGCCGCUCUUGGCGCUUUCAAGAAAUUAGGCUCCAGUAAGUAAGCUGGCGUGACGUGAAAUGAUGAAGAAGAAAUUAUAGACGCGAAACUUAGGGGAAGAGAUUGAGAGAGAGGAAAAGAAUACAAUAAGAUUAACAUAAAUUGGUGAGUUAUCGCGGUAAAAUAUUUAAUUGGAUUUAACUGGGUGAUAUUUUAUUAGGAUGCCUGAACGUUAGGUGCAUUAUUAAUUGAGUAUGAUCAAGUUAUUUAUUUAUUUAUUUAAUGCCUUAAUCACAAUUAUUUUAAAUCGGACUGUUCAAAUAAAUUGGCGUGUUUAAUAACUUUCAUGACAAUAUUGAAUGAACACGUUUGCGUGUGUGUGUGUCUGUCUGUCUCUCUCUAUCUCUCCGUCUGUGUGUGUGUGUGAAUCUGUGUCUGUCUGCGUGAGGUCAUGAAUUUUUUACACCAUGGAGAUUAAAAUGAUAAUUACAAUAUCGGGUAAACUCAUUAACAUAAUUUAUUAUAACUAUUUAAUCUAUAUGAACAUCAAAUUAUAUGUAACGAUGCUUUCAUUUGUUCUAACAACACACGCUUGCUAACAUAAUGUUGUUGCAAUACCAUUCACUUUGGUUUUUCUCCUAAACAGCAUAAGACUUUUUUUUUAUAAAAACUUGCAAUUCAUUUCAUAAUAACAAGCAUAUUUGUUUGGAGAGUUUGAAAUUUUUACUAAAGCUUCCAUUUUUUUUGUCUUUUUUAUUUUAAAUUUUUUUUUAACGUUACAAUCGUAACUUAUUGGGACCAUUUUAAAAAAAUUUGACUAUAACAUUUAACCCAUUUUACCAUGUUAAUAUUAUUAAUAAUAAGUUAAAUAUAUCUUUAUUAUUGUAUUAAGUUUGUAGGCGUCAAAUAUUAUUUAUUAUAACUUUCUAAUACAAACACACACAGUCACACACACACACACACACACACACACACACACACACACAUACAGACACACACACACACACACUUGCACAUAAAGAAAACCAACAAUGCAUUCUAGUUUCACAUUUCUUUUUGACAAACUUUAACCGAAUUUCCUCAAAAUUACAGAGCAUUUCACAAAAUCAAACUCUAUACUACACUAUACAAUACUAUACUAUAGAAUACAAUACUGUGUAUGUUAUAUAUUUAUAUCUCAAAAAAUUCACCAUCACCCUCACCUAAUUCUUAAAUAAAUAAUCCGAUUUCUC